AUGCUGCCACAGCAGGUCGACUUGCUUGACCGGUACAGGGGACUCGUGACGCUAGGGAAGAUAAAGUACGACGAGGAGCAGGUUAGGGUAGUCAUGCAGCUUAGGAGGCUGCAGAAGGAGCUGGCGGAUUAUGUGCCGCCUACGAUUGCUUCGCACUAUUUUUCGGCUGAGAGGAAGAGCAGAGGUGGGCCGGUGGAAUGGUGGAAGCGACACGAUGAAGAAGAAGAGGUAGUCCUGUCCGAGAGCAAAGCCCUGACGACGGUGAGGAGCCACGCUGAAGAGCUAGCUGCUCUCACGACACCGAAGGGCCUCCUUCUCACCGGUCCACCAGGCUCCGGCAAGACCUUCCUCGCAGACCUCUGGUUCUCUACCAUACCCACGUCAUUCAAAGCCCGCAAACACUACAGUCAACUAGUCCUCGAGAUUUACCGCGGCGUGUGGGAGGAAACCCAGCGGCGCAUGGCCCAGGUGCGCUCGCAACAGCCCCUAGACAGCGAGCCGCCGCCAGAUGUCCCCUGGACCCGCGCCCUCCGCGAGCGCUGGCGCUCCCUAGUGCAAACCGGCUCCCUGCCCACCUAUUGGACCCGCCGGCCCUCCCUCUUUUCUGCCUCUUCCCUCGAGCCCACCAUCCCGUUCGUCAUCGCCCGCCGCCUCCUGCUCACGCACUGGCUCCUCCUCUUCGACGAGGUCCAGCUGCUCGAUGUCUCCUCCGCGAGUCUCCUGGCGGACGUGCUCGCGUGGUUCUGGCGCCUCGGCGGCGUCGUUGUGGGCACGAGCAACAAGGUGCCCGAGGAUCUGUACAGGAAUGGCGUGCAGAGAGAGAGGCUGGAGCCGUUUGUCGAGGCGUUGAAAGUGAGGUGUCCCGUGCUCGUGCUCGGCUUGGAGGGGGAGCGGGAUUGGAGGAGCGAGAGGGCGGGGAGGGGGGAGGGUCUAAGGAGCUGGGUGAGGUGGGGGGAGGAGGGGGUGUUUGAGAGGAUGGUGAGGGAUGUGGUGGGAGACGGAGGUAGAACGGAAGAACCCAAGGCUGAGACCCUGUACGUCUUCGGCCGACCGCUGCACGUCCCUUGGACAUCCAACGGCGUCUGCAAAUUCACAUUCUCCGAACUGUGCGAGCAGGACCUCGGCCCCGCCGACUACCUCACCCUCGCCUCGACCUACCACACCCUCGCCAUCAGUGCCCUCCCCAUCCUGAAGCUCUCCUCCAAGAACCAAGCGCGCCGCUUCAUCUCGCUCGUCGACGCGCUCUACGAGGCGCGCUGCCGGCUUAUCUGCCUCGCGGAGGCGGACCACGAGCGGCUGUUCUUCCCCGACGCUCUGCAGGAUAAAGAGCUGGAAGUGGACGUGGACCCGCUGAUGGCGGAAUCGGUCGCAGAGACGCGGGAGGUGUACAGGCCGAAUGUGGCUAUGUAUGAUAAGCCCGGGAUGGAGGAGGCAAGGGAAGCGCAGGCGCCCGGGACGCCGCUGGCUUUGGACAAGCUGUCGAUUUUCUCGGAUAAUCGCGCUUCGGUGGGCACCCGGGCUUCACCCCGACCGUCCCUACACGUUCAGGACGACUUUGCCGGUGAAGCGGCAUAUGAGCGGACAAUGGCGAUGCGGGAGCGCCCAAGUGCGCCGCGGAUGAAGGAGGAGCAUGUGUGGGGAGUCAGGGAGGACUGGGGGGAGAAGGCGAGCGAGUGGGGAAGGGGCGCUGCAGCGUAUCGCGGGAGGGAGGGUACGGGAUCGCGGUGA